GGCUAGCCCUCGGUGUUCUCUGUUGGCUUUAACCCCAUAAGCUUGCCGACUGUUUCGGAUUCGAUUCGCAGUUUAGGGCUGUGUAUAGUCGCGUAGUUGGGUCUGGAGGCAGAGCCGCCGUCAUGCAAUUGGAGGAGAACUCUAGCUGAUUGCUCUGUAACGUUGCCUCUGCGGUGGAUUUUGCGCAUUGGCUGUGGGAUUAUCUUCAAUUAGUCGUGGAUUUCUGGCUUCCUGUGCAGAUAAAGGAAAUACGAGCGCGCUCUACUCUUUGUGCAGUUAUUGCUGCCUAUACUAGUUGCGUUGUCUUGCAUAACUAAAUCGAUUAACACGGUGGAUUCUGUUGGUUAUUUUACGUUUCUGCUCGUUCCUCUUCAUAUAGGCCUGAUGGAGUAGACAAAAAUUAUGUGGUCUAGUUGUUACUACAUUUCCCAAUUCUCAUAUGAAAUUUCGUGCUGCUGUUAGAUUAACGUUCUCUAGGCAUUUGCCUUGCAGAUAGUAAACUAUUUUGGAUUGGGAAUUUGCUUCAUAUGCUGGCAGCAUCGAGUUAUAUGUAUAUGAUACUGAGCCUAUACAAUUGAAAUGCUCAACCUUAUGGUUAAGGAGUACUCAAAUGAUGUUGAGGCCUUAUAAUAUUAUUCGAGUUAAAGGAAGUGUUAUCAGCUAUCAUGAGGGUCAAUCCUGCGCUCCUCCUGCCCUUGAUGGCCGAAUAUGCCGCGCCCACCUGGGCCAUACUAAUUUCAGGGUUCUUUAUGCUGCUUUCUGUUUCCCUCUCUACAUACUUGAUAUUUCAGCACCUCUCAGCAUACAACAAUCCAGAGGAACAGAAAUUUGUUCUCGGUGUUAUCCUGAUGGUCCCUUGUUAUGCGAUUGAAUCGUAUGUUUCGUUGGUAAAUCCUGAUGCUAGCGUGUACUGUGGCAUACUGCGUGAUGCCUAUGAAGCAUUUGCUAUGUAUUGCUUUGGAAGAUAUAUUACUGCUUGUUUAGGUGGUGAAGAUAGGACAAUUGCAUUUUUGAAGAGGGAGGGUGGUGAAGAUGCUGGGGAACCUCUUUUGCACGGUGCUUCUGAAAAAGGGCUCAUACACCAUCAUUUUCCUGUGAAUUACAUAUUGAAACCGUGGAGAAUGGGUGUGAAGUUUUACCAGAUUAUCAAAUUUGGUAUAUUUCAAUAUGUGAUUAUAAAGACACUCACGGCUAGCCUAUCCCUGAUUCUUCAACCUUUUGGUGCAUAUUGUGAUGGAGAAUUCAAUCUGAGAUGCGGAUACCCUUACUUUGCUGCUGUCCUUAACUUCAGUCAGUAUUGGGCCCUAUACUGUUUAGUGGAAUGGUACACGGCUACUAAGGACGAAUUGGCACAUAUAAAGCCAUUGGCAAAAUUUCUUUCGUUCAAAUCUAUAGUGUUUUUGACUUGGUGGCAGGGUAUUAUGAUUGCUAUCAUGUAUUCUUUGGGCUUGGUUAGAAGUCCAUUGGCACAGAGUUUGGAGUUAAAAUCAAGCAUUCAAGAUUUCAUCAUUUGCAUAGAGAUGGGUAUUGCUGCAGUUGUUCACCUAUACGUGUUCCCUGCGAAGCCCUAUGCACUAUUAGGUAAUCAUCAUUCACCUGGAAACAUUGCAGUACUAGGGGACUAUGCUGCCUCUGAUCCUGUGGACCCUGAUGAGAUAAAAGAUAUUGGUCGUCCUACCAAAUUGAGACUUCCACAGUUGGAACCAGAUGAGAUAAUUGUGACAAAUGUCAAAGAGAGCGUUCGAGACUUUGUAAUUGGCAGUGGAGAAUAUGUGAUAAAGGAUCUUAAAUUCACGAUGAAGCAAGCAGUGCGGCCAGUGGGGAAGCGCUUUGAGAAACUAAUGAAGAAGAGGUCCAAGUUCGGGCAAAGCCGUGAUGACAGUUGGGUGAGUGCCUCAACGCCACAGAGAGCAAUCCACGGGAUCGAUGAUCCUCUCCUAUGCGGGAGCGCUAGUGACAGCGGGAUCGGUAGAGGGAAACGGCAUCGCAGAGACGUAAGCUCAGGCGGUAUUGUGGACGGUUGGGAAGGCAGCGACCAGACGUCGGAUGGGUAUGUCAUACGGGGACGCCGGUGGGAAAUCAAGAAAUCUUGAUUUUUGUCUAUAGGGACGGACACAGAUUUUGAGUCUGGUUCAGGAGCUACGCCAUGCAUGGCAAGCUGGGUUGCUGACUCACUGGUAAAUUUUGGGUGCUAGCAUACAGCUCCCAUAGAUGGCCGAGCUACCUGUGUGAUUGGUACUGUACACGGUGUAUCGUUUUCUUGUCUAUAGGUGCGGUCAGAGUAUUUAUUGUACGUGCAAAAUUCCACAAGUUAAGCAUUGCUGUACCAAAUACUAGUCGUUAUAUGGUUUCGCGAAAGUCGCUGGCACGAACUGGAUGUAUGCGCAAAGAAGCACACUUUAUUAUGUGCUCUCGCCAGCAUCCAACUUACAAAACACAAACACCCUCAGAAAGUAGAAAAAGAUCUGUAACGUCAACAAUGGUUUCAUCCAUGGGUCGAUACAAUAUCAGAUGAAUUCAUUA